AUGUUUACAUUUUUCUUUUUUAGGGGGGAUCAAACUAAGGAUGUUAACAAUUGUUUUAUUUACUCGCCGAUAUUUAAUUUUAAAUCCUUUUGCGAAUAUCUGCUUUCUCUUGGUGCAAAUAUCAAUGAAAAAGAUAAUAAUUGGAAAACCGCUCUUGAUAAUGCAGUAAAAAAUAAUAGCAAUGAAACAGCUGAGCUUCUUAUUUCACAUUGUGCAAAUAUCAAAGAAAAAAAUAGACAAGGAGGAACUGCCCUUCAUAUUGCAGUAAUAAAUAAUAGCAAAGAAACUGCUGAAAUUCUUAUUUCACAUGGUGUAAAUAUCAAUGAAAGAGAUGUUUUGUGA